AUGAAAAAGGGGUCUCAUCACCAGAUUUGUGAAAAUGCCUCAAUAUGGCAAAUUCUCUUCCUCUUUUCUCUCAUUUUCCUCAUAGACUCCACCUCCCAUGCCUCUGUCAGUGACUUUUGUGCGGCAAACCUGAAAGGCCCGGACAGCCCUUUAGGCUACACUUGCAAGAAGCCUGCCGGUGUCACUGUCAGUGACUUUGUGUUCUCUGGCCUGGCCAAAGGUGGAAACACUACCAACAUAAUCAGCGUGACCCCGGCAUUUGUUGCCCAGUUUCCUGGAGUCAAUGGCCUUGGAAUCUCUAUGGCAAGGCUAGAUUUAGCACCAGGUGGUGUUAUCCCAUUCCACACACACCCCGGGGCUUUGGAGGUUCUCGUUGUGACGAGGGGCUUUGAUAGCGGGUUUGUUUCGUCUGCCAACUUGGUUUACUUGAAGGCUCUUCACAAAGGAGAGAUCAUGGUUUUCCCACAAGGGUUGCUGCAUUUCCAAGUGAAUGUUGCUAAAAUACAUUCCAAUGCUUUUGUUAGCUUCAGCAGCACAAGCCCCAGCCUCCAAAUCCUUGACUUUGCCCUUUUCGCCAAUGACUUGCCUUCGGAACUGGUGAUGCAGACCACUUUCCUUGAACUUGCCACAAUCAAGAAGCUGAAGGGUGUUCUUGGUGGCACUGGCUAA